UACUUUUUGUGUAACUUGUUUUGUAUAUAAAUGAAUUUCAACGAUAUCUUCUAGGGGACACCAUGUCAGGGGUCACACUUGACCAGGAAUAGAUUCAGCAUUUAUUGAUAGGCCGCCCUGCGGUCACUUACUUCCAUGGCGCGGUUAAUUUUAAUUUUUAUCAUAAUAAGUGCUCAUCUUGGAGGCAUUUUUUUACAGGAAAAAACAGAGGUUGUUUCUAAUACUGAAAAUCUAUCUUUGUCCAACUCGAUACAUAAAGGAGCAACAAAGUCGCGAACUUUGUUUGAUUACCAAACUAGAGUAGUAGCUUAUAAAGAUCUUAUAGAGUCAAGAUGUUUGAUAGAAUUUCUAAAAGGAAGCGAAAGUUUUAUCGGUCACACAAAUCAUAAACCACGACUGGACAAUGUUACAAAAAAAUAUUUUAUGACCGAAAAUCACCUUUCCAAAAGACAAAUAUGGACAAUAGCUGGGCAAAGAGUUGUGGAUUUUUGUCGGGGUUUUCCCACUUAUCUCAUACAUGAUUUAAAAACAAACGACCAAAACAGUAUUUUUGAGGAUACUCUAAACGAGAAUAUUGCCUCAAGAAAAAAACGCUCAACUAAACAUUAUUUUGUUGGAAGGGUUAGAGGACAAACACAGUCACAAUAUCUAAAUUUUGGUAACAGUAAAGAUCUAGGAAAAGCUGAAGCUGAAUCUAGUUAUGGAAGUUCUAAGGCAGUAGUCAGUGGUAGUAGUGGAAUGGGUCAAGCUCAGAGUCAGAGUGUUCCAGUGGGUUGUGAAGAAUGUAACGGCGAAGGAUUUGAUCAAGAACAAGGGCUUUAUUAUGGAAGACCUGGAGGAACGUCGGAAUUUCCGGGAGCACAGUAUCGCAAGCCCGAGAAGCCUGGAACCUCGUUUUCUACAGAAACUCAAGAAAGACCCGGAGUUCUGAGAUAUCCAGGAGGUGCAGAACAAAGACCUGGAGUUUCCAAAUACCCGGAAGGACCAGAACAUAGACCCGGAGUUUUUCCCUAUCCGGGGAGAUUUGACGAAAGACUCGGAUAUCCAGGAGGAGCAGAAAGAACACCCGCUGUUCCUGGAUAUCCGAAAAUUACAGAAGUAAAACCUGGUUUUCCAAAAGUUCCUGAAGGAUUACCCGGUGGAACUGGAUAUCCAGGAGGACCAGGAAAAAUACCAGGAGUUUCUGGAGUUUCCGGUUAUCCAAAAGGGCCAGAAAGAAGUCCCAGAAUUCCUGGCUAUCCAGAAGUAAGACCUGGAAUUUCUCGAUAUCCAACAAGUCCUGAAGAAGAACCAACAGGUGCUCAACCAGGAGUUUCCGGAUACCCUGGGAAAUUUGAAGAAAGACCCGGAAUUUCUAUAUACCCACAACCGGGAGUUUCCGGGUAUCCUGGGGGUGUGCCAUUAAUUCAAGAACCAGUUCGUCCUGGUUAUCCUGGAGGAGUAAUACCUUUUCAACCAGGAUAUCGUGGUGAAGUGAUACCACCAGGUGGAGUAUUUUCGAAGCAUCCAGAAGGAGAAACAUCAGGGUAUAUUGGCCCACCCACUGGGUCUAAAGUACCGGUUUAUUCUCCAUAUCCUGGUUCUCCACGGUAUCCUACAGGACCUUCUAGACCUAGUUAUCCAGCGACAGGACAACCUAUAGAUUCCUUACGGCCUGGUUAUCUAGAAAGACCAGCUUAUUCAGAAUAUUCUUCGACUACGGGCUAUCCAUCACAACCCGGAUAUCCGUCAGAAACACCUAGCCAUCCAGUUCCCGGAACAGUAGGAUAUCCCACUCUACCUCAACUUCCACCUUCUGAAACCCACGGAAAAUUUAGUGGAAAACUUUCUGGGGAUUAUGAAGCAGAAGUUGGACAAAGGGGCAAAUUUUCUGGUAUUUUUUCUGGAGAAUAUGAAGCUCAUCAUAAUGGAAAAAUUGUUGAUGGAAGAUAUUAUCCAAGUCAGCCUACAGUUUCUAGAUAUCCUGGAUAUCCCGGAUAUCCUAGUCAAACUGGUUAUCCAGGUCCCGCAACUUAUCCUGGCACAUCUGAUGGUGGAAUACCGGGUUAUCCUGGAGAACCAAGUUUUCCAGGAUAUCCAUCACCCAAAUAUCCAAUUCCUCCAAGCGGAACGAGUUAUACAGAAAAACCUACUUUAUCGGGUGUUCCUGGAUAUUCAGGGGCACCAAAACCGGGUUAUCCAGGAGGACCUACUACUGUCCAACGUUUAGAAGUACCACAUGGUCCAACUGCAGGUUAUCCAAGUCCAAGUGUUCCAAGCUAUUUAGAAGUUCCAAGUCCAGGUUAUCCAGGAGUACCAACUGGCACAGGUAGUUUGAGUUAUCCUAGAGCUCCAACUUCUGGUUAUCCAGGAAUAUCAACGCCCGAUCAUUCAGGAGUAACCACUGGUUUAGGUGUUUCCAGUUAUCCAGGAACUCCAUCUACUGAUUACAACGGAGUGUCAUAUCCAGGAGUUCCAUCUUCUGCUUACCCAGGAAUACCACCAGGUUCAGGUGUUUCUCGUUAUCCAGAAGCUCCACCUUCUUCAGUUCCCUUCGUGCCAGCCUCUCCAGGUUAUCCAGGAGUACCAAUACCUGCAGGUUAUCCUGGUGCUUUAACUCCUGGAGCUCCAAGUUCAGCUCAACCAAGUUAUCCAACCGGCUAUCCCGGGGCACCAGCUCCACCUCCAAGUCCUGAAGCUUACGGUCAACCUGGAUAUCCCGGUGUAGUUUUAGGAGAAGAUGAUGGUGCGGACUCUCAAGUUCAAACAUCCGUCCAACAGAUCAACAACGAAACUCAAGCAAGUGCUUCAGCUCAAGGAAAAUAUGCCGGAGGAAUGGCCCAGUCUCAAGUUUCGGGUACUUAUAGUGGUUCCGGUUCAUUUAGUGCUUCAGCCGGAAGUGAUGAUGGUAAAAAAGGGGCAUUAUCACAAGUUUCUGGAGGAAAAGAAGGUGCAUUGAGCUCGGCUCAAGGAAGAGGAGGCUUAGGCCAAAGUCAAGCACAAGUUCAACUAGCUUCAGAAAGCGGUGAUACUAUAUCAAAUGCUCAAACAGGUGGAUGGCACCAUGGUUCUCAAACACAAGUACAGGCUAGUGGAAAAGGGGGAAUGGCAGAUGCUCAAGCUAAUGGACCUGGAAGUACCUCAUCACAAGCUCAAAUUGGAUUUACACCGUAUGAUGAAAAUGAAAGGGAUGAUCAAUCGACGCCUUUUAGAGGAGGAGGAAUGGCAAGUGCCCAAAGUGGUACUUAUGCAGGACAGGCUCAAAGCCAAAUCCAGGGGAAAUUUCAAUACGGUAUUAAAUACGUAGGAGCUGCACAAGCAGGUUCGGGGAGUAAAGACUCAGUAGGUCUAUCACGAAACCAGUCAAGACCUGAAGGUUUAACAGGAUUCUUCCCAAAAUUCAAACCUUUGAAUUUUACAUCUGGAAGAAAUUCCAAGACUAAACCACAAGAUUUAGUAAUGCCAAGUAGCCGAAAAUCAAUUCAUAUGGAUGUUGCAACCCAGAAGGCACCAUCUGAAGACCAAACUGCACUAAUCUCUGACGAAACCGAAGACACAGCCACUGAAGAGUACCACGACGAUGACUACGACUACGACUCUGAAUAUUCCACCCAAAAACCUUUGACAAAGAGCAUAAUCUCUCAAGGAUUUAAAACGCAACGCCAGCACAUUAUUCUUGAUCCUCUCGAAGACCUUGAUGCCACAGUUCAACAAAGCUACGGUUACCCUCCCGAUGGUACCAUCUUCCAACCCGGCGAUUCUAUACCCGGCUCUCCUGGCUUCCAAAUUCCUGCUGGGUUUCGAGGACGUGUCAAAGCUAUUGCAAACGGACCAAACACAUACGCAACUGGUAAAAACUCGCAAGCACAAAGUGUCACUUUGACACCAGGGACUGGAAGAAUUAUUUACAAGAAACCGAUUUACGCAGUAACUUCCAAUUCGCACCAAAAUGGAUAUAUAGGCUUUGGUUCUGGAUACACUUAUCAACCGGCCACUUACCAAGUCAAGAGCGGAAAAUCCUUACCGAAUUUUAUUUCGUUGAGUAAGUCGGAAUCUGGGUCUAAGAACCCAUAUACCGGACAAAAAACACCUAAAGUCUACUAUGCCCAGUCUUCAAGUUGUGGGGUUUUUACAAAUACUUGCGUGUUUAAUGGAAGUGAAAAACUCUGCUUUCCGAAGCCUAAGACUAAUCCGGAUGGGAGUUAUAUGACGUGUUGAGGGUCUUGUAUUUUAAUUUAAUUAAAGUGUUUUAUAAAUUAUGAUUUUUCAUUCAAUUUAAAUAAAGUUUUUGUUUAUCUUGUG